GAGACGGGCGGGGCAGUGACCAAUAUAAGAGGUGAGAGCUUUUCUGGAGCAGGUCAUUGUGGAUUGAGGGACAGACGAUCGCAUCUGGAAGGGAGCCCGCCUUCAUUGCGCUCCCUGCUCUGAGACCCGGCCAGAGGCUCUCCAGGAGAGAAGUCACUCAAAGGGAGUGAGCCAGCUGGGAGACAGAGUGUGACAGGAAGACAUGGCCAUGGCCCAUGUACUCUGCCUUUGGCUGCUACAGCUGCUGCUGCUGGCAGCUGGUCCUCAGGCCCAGGAGACUGAGGAGGGAAAAGACAAGAUCAUUGAAGGACACGAUUGUAGCCCGGGCUCCCACCCAUGGCAGGUGGCUCUGUUCAAUGGAAAUCAGCUGCACUGUGGUGGAGUGCUUGUGAAUAGGAACUGGGUGCUGACAGCUGCCCACUGCUUGAUAAAUAAAUACAAUGUGCACUUGGGCAAAAGCAGUCUGAAGGGGAAAGAGAGGGGGUCCCAAGUGAUCCAGGCCACCCGGUCGGUCCGUCAUCCUCAGUACUCUACUGUCACCCACAUGAAUGACCUCAUGAUGAUAAAGCUACAGAAGCCUGCCAGGCUGGGGACCAACAUCAAGCCUAUCACACUACCCUCCCAGUGUGCCCCACCUGGCACCUCCUGCACUGUCUCUGGCUGGGGCACCACCACCAGCCCAGAUGCGACAUAUCCAGAUAACCUCCAGUGUACAGAUGUGAAACUCAUCUCCACUUCAGACUGCAAGAAGAUAUACAAGGAUCUAUUGAAGGAAGCCAUGUUGUGUGCUGGCAUUCCUGACUCUAAAACCAAUGCAUGCAAUGGUGACUCUGGGGGCCCCUUGGUGUGUGGUGGAGUCUUGCAGGGUCUUGUAUCAUGGGGAACCUUCCCAUGUGGACAGCCCAAUGAUCCUGGUGUCUACACUGAAGUUUGCAAGUUUAUGCCCUGGAUCCAGAAAACCAUGAGGGGUUAAG